GGGGACUUAAAGGCGAGAAGCCUUAAAAUAAUUAUGCGGAGUCAUAAUUGGGUAACAUAAAAUGAACAGUACUAACUGAUAGCCUAGGAACACAAACGUAAUUCCGGCCGUCAAGAAUUAAACAUGAUACUUUUGACAUGACUUUUCCACGUGCUAAACACGGAAUCAAACGCUUACGUAAGAGGAAAUCCAUCUUUGAAAACAAAAAAGUGGAAUAUUUCCACUAACUGCAUGUAUAAAAGCAGAUGCAACUUUCACUGGAGCUAUGUUUUGUCUGCGGCUGUUUCCAGAGGUCCCGCUACCUUCCUCAAGUAGGUGAGUUGAACACUUAAAGUUGAACGCUUAAAGUUGAGCACUUAAAGUAUUUGACAAGCAAUCAAUUAUUAGCUUUGGAACACAUGUCUACAUUUUUAUGGAGAGUUGGUUUUGUAGUAGAUACAAUGAUGUUUUGAUAUUAAAUAAGCUAACGGGUCAUUCGGGAUCAGGAUUGAACAAUUUGGGCCAGUAGAUUAGCGAAUUACUCAGGUCUAAACGGCGUUGUUGCAGAGCCGUGUAUCUCCUACACCUAGUCCUUUUCUGGAGCCGGAGAUGCAGUGAUGUGUCUCCGGUGCUCUAAUAUUGGUAGAAACAAAUUUUGAUAGCUAACGAGUUAUUCGGGAUGUCUGAACAAAUUACGUGGUAAGAUUAACUCAGGUCUAAAUGUUAUUACGGAGCCUGUCUCUCCUCAGUCAGUUUAUCCCUUACCUGACCCUGUCCCCAGUUUUCUUAAAGAGAUAUAGUGAUGUGUCUCUUAUGACCUAUUACCGUGUGAAUAUUCGGUCCUUAACCCAAAUAUCAAUGAGCACAAAAUCAGAGCAUCGAAAGGAAUAUAGGAAGUUAUUUAGGAUGAUAUAUGCAGGUGUCUUUCUCAAUUGUCAGUUCAAGCUCAACUUCAUUUUCUUUCGACCCACAAAUCAUGUUAAUCAUAAAUGAAAAUAGAUUAUACUUCUUAGGAGAGACGUGUAAAUUGACCAAAGGUGGAAAUUGAAUUUUCAAGACAAAGAGAGUUAAUCUAUGUACAAUACUUUCAACUCCGAGAGCUUCCGACUUUCAACUAAAACUAAAUCUUACUCUAACAAUAGACGCAGUAGACAAGAGAGAAAUACAACUGGUGUUCAUUAAUCUCCUCAGGUUUUUAUCAGAGAAACUCAAGCUGUACCUUACAAUAUGCCUCCAGUUGAUGAAACAGGAUAUAGCGGCGCCUGUCCUUCAGAUCUGCGGCUUAGUAAAGCCAUAUCAACGGAAGAAAGUGUUGAAGAAAUACGUAAGUCUGGUAAGAUUGAAAUUUAACGUUAAUAACAGAUAACGAGAAAGAACAACCAACAACUUUUUUUUUUCUGGCAAUCAGUGGCUUCACUACCUGUACUCACGUACGCCCGCAAGUAGUCUAGCAUAAUUCGAUUAAUUAAUCAAAUACUUAUUAUGUAAGGAUACAUAAAAGAAAUCGUAAUGUAUUUUAAAAUUUAUGGCGUUACUUUAUUUUGUCCAAAUCUCACGAUCACGAUCUUAGUGUCUCCUUGCCAUAACAGAACACAAAUCACACUAAAAUCAAAACAAGAAAUUCCAGGCUUGGUGAAUUAUACUUUUUUCAGUUUAUUUCCCUAUUUUAAGCUGUAAGGAUGAUAUUUCUUUUCGCCACGAAUUAGGUUCGGCACAUGUAAAGUUCGACCGUCUGAAUCAACAAUCGAACUUAAUAGUUUAGGUCAACCUAAAUACUAGGUAUUAGGUUCGGCCCAUGUAAAGUUCGACGUUUGAACCGGGCAGAGAAUGACUGAAAAAAAACACAAUUUACUCUAGCUAAUGGCUGUCUUAAUUUAAAUAAAUGGUUUGAUCUUGUUUUACCAUAACAAUUAAAUUCAAAAUAAUCAUUACAGUUAAGGCCAUUAAGACCAUGAAUAGGCUUGUAGCACUCUAGCAAAGAUAGAUACGGACCUCCUUAAUUGAAGACUGGACCACCCAAGCAUUGCUAGUCUUUCUUCCCGGCUCUUUCUUCGUACGGAGAGUCCCUAGAUAACAUCGGGGGAGCGUAUUUCGAGGCCCUACGUUGGACUCGUUCGAGAGUGUCAAUGUUCUUCUUUAAACAGGGUGACCAGAUUCCAGUGAGUAUAAACUGAGGCCUUGUAGACACGAGAAAAGACUUCCUUGUUCCCUUGCCCAACAUUCUUUUUAAGGAAACCCACAAUCUUGUUGGCUUUAUUUACAACUUUCUGCGUUUGGGUCUUCCAGGAUAGAUUAGAAGUUAAUGAGACCCGCAAAUCAACUGUUUCGGUGACAGACUGAAGCGUACAACCAGAGAGCUUCUAAGGAUAGCUACAUAGUAUGAUCUCUCGCACGGGUAACACGUAGAACCUCAUAUUUGUCAGGGUGAAAACGAAGUUGCCAAUUUUCACUCCAUUUCUGUAGUGUGUUGAGGUCACAUUGAAGUUGUUUCUCGUCGUUUCCGUCGUAAAUAAUUCUGUAAACCUUGCUGUCAUCUGCAAAGAGGCACAAGCUUGACCUUACGCAGGUGUAAUAUUGGCUUUUCUUUUCUUUAAUAAUCAUUUUUUUAAACAAAACACACCGUUUAGAUCGGAAAUGACUAGAUCGGUUUUGACCAAAGAAGCCACUUGAUUGGAUCACUAAGGACGAAUAUUAGGGUGGGAAAAGGCGAGAACUACACUGUGAUAUUUUUAUUAAUCACCUUCCUUGUCCCGUUGUAGAAUCAACAAUGGCUCCAAGUGAUGAAAAUGUAUGUGGUACUUCUCCUGUUGGGCUGCUGAAUUACGCAAUAUCAGUCGACAGUUUGGAAAUUCUACACGAUUCGAGCUCUGUUUCUAACACCGCACACUCCGCCGGUAAGACACAAAUAUCAUUAUAAGUUGAAAAGUUGUGUGUUUAGUCCGCUCUGAAAACGCUAAUGUGACAGCUGUGUUUGCAAAGACAGUUGCGAAAAGAAAUGUUUUACAUAGUUUAGAUCAUCAGAUUGAUAACUUACAAAAUAAUUUUGGUCCUUUCGUUUUCAUUCACUUGUUUUAAAACCUCUUUGUAAACUUUGUAACAAUUUUUUUGUUUUAAUCUGUCCGUUUACUUAAGACUUUUGAAGCCCCGUCUUUCGUCACAUGUUACUGAAAAAACUGUUCAGGAUUUUUGAUUGUAAAACUAACAACUUCUGUUUCUAUCGGAAGUUAUUUGCCUUGACUUAAUGUUUUCCCUAGUGAGUUUUUUAAGGCUUGUAGAUAAGGAGUUCCAGCUGGUUUCAGCUUAGCCCCCUCCCCAAACACCCCCACUUCGAAACUUGCUCCGUGGUCCCUGAUAUUCCUUGGACUCAUCAAACUGCCCUCCUCUUCUUUAUUAAGAUAUAGCGGUAAUUGCACCCUAGACAGAUACAAAUAAGCAUUAAGAAAUUGUUGAACGAAUUUCUUUUUUAAUAGUACCACUACAUUCUUUAAACGAUGAAAGGGCACAAAGUGAAUCCCCUUUAGCCAGAACAGCAUUGGCUGCCCCAUUGCAGUCUUACGCUACUGUCUACAGUAGGCCUAAUUCAAAUCCAACUGCUGAGCCAGAGAAAACUACUAAUAUGGAAACUACAGGGAAUGUGGAUAAACACAUUCCAACUGCAAAUGUCUGCUAUGGUGGGGACGUUGAAUUAGGAGAAGCCGUUAACCUCAAGACAGGAAGGCAGCUCUUCCGUUGGAAUCUGAUCUUUAAUCUCAUCUUGUGGAUCCUUGUUCCUCUUCCUAUCUGGUUGCCUUUCGUCUCCCAAGAGAUUUCGCUUUUUCUCCUUCCAAGCAUUCAGGGGGCCUUUAUCGUAUUCUGGAUUUGCGUCUGCUUGUUGGCCAUAAGAACUACAGCUGUCAUGUUUUGGAACAGAAAGACGGACUUCAAAUCCAAGUGCGACGAGUUGAUGAAGAAAUGUAACAAGGAUCCUGAAGCACAAACAGCUGACAAGACACAGAUCCAACACGUAGCAGUCUUGGCUUGUUAUAAGGAGCCUGUGGAUUUGAUUGCUGCUUCAGUUCAAACUCUGGCCAAUCAAACUGUUGCUUCCAGAGUAACCAUGGUGGUGUCAUUCGAGGAAAAAACUCCGAACCUGUGCAACAAACAGCAGGAUUUGGCAAAACUCUUCGGAUCACAAUUCCGUGAACUUAUUUUUGUUACGCAUCCCUUUGGCAUGGAAGGAGAGAUCCCAGGAAAGUGUUCCAACAGCAACUGUGGCAUUAGGACAAGUAUAGCACACAUGAAGAGAAAGGCUGGCAGUAACUUUGAUCCAGAUAGGAUCCUAAUAACGACAUGCGAUGCGGACUCCAAAUUUCAUCCUCGAUACUUGGAGGCGCUGGAGUACAAUUACGAGCGAGAAUUUAUGAGAACAAAAGACCACGAUGAUAGAAGGAUGGUAAACUGCUUGUUCCAAUCACCACUACUCUAUAACUGGAAUUUAGAUGCAGCAUCUGUUGUUACCAGAUUGACUGGCAUGUUGCGUGCAUUCCUCAUGAUGGGAGCCAUGAUUCCAUUUAAUGUCAACACUAUGAGCAUAUACAGCUUCUCAGCCUCUCUGUGCAUUGCUGGGCAGUAUAUCCACCCAGGAUACCAGAUGGAUGAUAUUAUCGGUCUUAUUAGGUAAGAUGAAGUAAUACUAAAUAAAUAAGAAUCGUACUUUCCACAAAUAUUCCUCAUCUCUUAAACUAAAUACAUCAUUUUUUUCUCCUGAAAUUUGUCCACGGUAGUUAAAUACUUAAUAUGAUUCGUUUCUUCACUCCAUCCAUUGAGAGCCGCUAUGGCGAAGCAAACAUACAAUCCCUAGAAUUUCCUUUUAUCAACUGAGUCGAACAGGGCAAUUUACCACCAUUGCGGGAGACUCAAGGGAUUGUAGAUAGUGUGGUUAAAAUAUCGAAAGGAAGACCUGUUUGAUUAGUAUGGAACAUGGCAACAUGAAAAGCAGGAACAAUUUAGUUGAACGGAAAGGGUUUAAGAUAAAUUAUAUUGCACGUCUCAGUUAGAUUUUUAGCAAGGAGGGGUCAAUUUAUGGUACUGAUAUUGAUCUGUCUUUUUCCUUUUUGUCUGAUGUCGUCAAAGGUGGAUGGGAGUCUGCAAGAGACGGCUUCGCAUUGUAAUGGUUCCCGUACCCACUCUUUCUGGUCCAACAUCUGGAAGGGUGAUUGAGGAGGAGUUGGAGGAAUGGGCACGACAGGCGCGAAGAUGGACCAUUGGAGCUGCUGAGGUGUUUCACUACUUCAUGGUCAAAUCAAACAAUAUUCCAUUCUUUACUGCCUUGUCCUGGGGAAUCACUUUCGUCAUCUAUUAUGGUAAUUAGUUGUCUUUAUUUAUAAUCGUCAUCUUCACUGUAACAAAAUUCUCCAAUUUGAUUGGCUAUCGGUGGCCCUGAUUUCAGCAUUAAUAACAAUACACCCUACAUGAGGUUCAACAAUGUAAUAGGACAACACAUAACGUGACUCUCUUUGUCCCGUUCUCCAUUUUACGCAAUAAGCUGCCAUACAGGGUUUUAUUGUGAAACUAAAACUGAUAUCCCACAUUUGGAGCGAUUUUGAUCAAUUCGCUUAAUUCUGUCCAUUCCUUUUACAGGUAUUAUCCUGUGUUGCUCGUCACUCUACAGCGUUACGUUGGCGAUCUCCGUUAACUUUCUGUUUGUGGAGGUUCCAGUCAUCCUUGAGUGGGGAAUGUUAGCUUUCCUUGUGUUCAACUACGCUGUCUUUGCCUUGAUCUUCUUGUUGGAUCGAGUCACAGUCAGGCUGACGGAGCCGAGAGUAAAGGAGAGGAUCUCUUUUGUUAGAAAUCUUUACCAUUGGAUCGUAUCACCGUUUGUGCUGAUGGCCUACUCCGUAGUGGAACUCUACGCCCUACAUGAGGUCAUGAUACGAGGAAAGAAGGUGUGCAAGCACGGGGCAAGCAAAAAGGAUGCUCUUGGCUCUAAAUAAGCAACACUCUUUCUGUUUUAAAAUAUCUGCUUCUCUUUUCUAACUAAAGUAUUUUUUAACGCAUGUUUUGCAGUAUGUGGUUUAUUAUGGCCAGUAAAUAAGAGUAUCAACAGUAUUUAUCUACGUUCAGUAUUUAUUAUUUUUAUUUAAAGCGGAAGACAAGACAAACGUCAGUAAAACAACAACAACAACAACAAGAAUAAUAUUGAAAAGAAGGAUAUAUUUAAUAGCUUUUUCUGUACAGACUGUCGAAGUAAAUGUAGCUAUUUUAUUCUUUAUCUGAUUGGCUAAAAAAUCUUGCGCGAUUUUCUCGGCCAGUCAAAAGCAAAAUCGUAGCCAAACUUCACGUAGUUACACAAGUCAUUGUUCUUGAUUCGGAAACAAGUGAUAACCAGUGUCAGAGAUUUCAGUUUGACAGAUUAAUUUAUUUUUAGAUUUGUGGGCAUUUCAUGUAUUUAAUCUCAUGUAUGUUUGGUAAAUGGAAUAUUUUAGUACAGUCAAACCUCUUUAAGAUAACAACAACAAAAACGAUAACAACAAUCUUUAUUUGUACUCACUCUUGUUCAAAAAUAACUUACAACAAUGAAAAUAUUAAAAGUAAAAAAUUAGAGAAGUGGCUGCCUGGAAUAACCAUGGGAGCUAGCGGAGCCAGGCAGCCAAAGGGACAGAACCAAGUGUCCGUUUUACAGAGGCGUCCGUAUUAUAGAGAUAGGGAAUGUAUGAUUUUUGGCAUUUCUGGGACCAAACGGACUGUCCGUAAUAGAGAGGUGUCCGUAAGGAGAGGUUAGACUGUGCAGUUAACUUUGCGUAACUGUAAGGAAACAUGG